AUGGCUUUCACGAUGCCUAACUUCGUGUCGCGGUUCUUUCGACCCUUCAUGUCUAGUACGCGCUUAGGAAUAACCGCUGAUACUAACGCGGGCACCAACGGUGCGUCUGUGGUCCCCGAGGGCGCCGAGAAGGCUACUCUCGCCGCCGGAUGCUUCUGGGGUGUAGAGCACUUAUAUCGUAAACACUUCGACGGAAAGGGACUCUACGACGCCCGUGUCGGCUACACCGGUGGGGAUCUAAGAGGUCCGACUUACCGUGUCGUGUGCUCGGGGCAAACAGGUCACGCCGAGAGUGUACAGCUGCACUACGACCCUUCGCGCAUAACCUACCGGCAGAUACUCGAGUUCUUCUACCGGCUACACGAUCCGACGACGGCUAACCGCCAGGGCCCCGAUGUCGGACCUCAGUACCGCAGCGCCAUCUAUUACCACAGUCCUGAGCAGGAGCGCAUCGCGCGCGAAAUCACGAAGCAGGCCAGCGAGCAAUGGUAUAAGGGCGCCAUCGUUACUGAAAUCGUGCCCGCUGACCAAUGGUGGGAUGCUGAGGAUUACCAUCAGCAGUAUCUGCAUAAUAAUCCCUCGGGCUAUGAGUGUCCGACCCACUUCCUGAGGACGUUCCCGCCGUUGAAGUGA